AUGGCCUCAGAACAAAGCUUCUCAUAUGGUGGUUUCAGAGAUUCGGAUCUAGACUUACCAACUAAUGAUGAAAUUCAUGCCUUGGAAACCCAAGUGUUGAUUGAGGAAAUGCGAGAUGAAAUGCGACAACAGCUUGGCGACUUUAGGGAGGAGAUACGCAACUUGAAAAGGAAAGUGACCAUGACGGGUGUUGUUGGAGUUGCAGUGAUGUCGUUGAUUUGGGUUUGUGUUUGCGUCGAAUGCAGUAGAUGGGGAUUUUGUUCCUAUUAUAACCUUUGUUUUGCUUUGCAUAUGAUGUUAUCGUUUGUAAUGAAAUGUACCAAAUGUGAAGGUCGUAUGUUGCAGGACUUCAAUUUCCCCUUGUAG